UGAUGUUACAUAACUGCGGUACGUUCGAAGUUUGCGUUACGAUAACACUAUCUAAUAUAUAUUGAUUGUAUAUCGUUGAGUCCUAGUUUAUAACUCAUACAUAGCUUUAGAAUUCAUACUUUAAGCAAUAUGGGUCGACUGUCAAAAAAACGAGCACGGAAAAGUCCUAACUCUUCAGAUAUUAACAAUUCUGUUGUUACCUAUUCUUCUUGCUCCGCUACUCCUUUUGUAUCUGAUAAUGUUGGGACUGGUCUUACACCACACGUGCUGCUGGAUGACUGUGUUUCUAAUUUAGUAAUGAGUUCCACCUCAAGAUCAAAAAGGAUUGAUGAUAUGAAGAGUGAAUUAAACACUCUAUUUAAGCAACUAAGCGACAUGCGUUCUAAAGUCGAGUCACUUUCUAGCUCUUUAUCAAAGCAUGGUGAUCUUAAGCAAGAAAUAAAGACAAUAUCACCCUUAAAAGUGCUUUUGUCAAAAGACAUCGUUCCUGCGGAACUUGAUGACAUUAUGAAAGCAGAAUCUGUUAUCGAUUUUAUCGCUAGUGAAGUUACCAAGCGAAUAGUCUCUCGUAAUAACGUGAUUGUCUAUAAUAUACCUGACAAAGUCCCCAUUAAAACUGUAAGGAAUUCGAUAUUAAAAGCAUCUAACCUUCAAGACAGUCCAUGCCAAUGCAUCCGACUUACUAAGAAGCACCAGAAAUACUCGCGCCCGGUCUUGUUCAGGUUUAAUUCUCAUAUAUUAGCUGAACAGUUAAAAGAAUCUGAGCGGCUGAUAUGCGCGCUUACGAAGUUUAGAAACGCUCGCAUAGUCUCAGAUAAGACCACCAAUCAAAGACUUACACAAAAGCGUACCGUGAACGAAAAUAAAGAUGUUGAGAUCAUAAAAAAUCACGAUGCAUCAGCUGCUGGAUCCACUGAUACUGAUACCCUACCUCAUGUUCUCCAGUACUCUGAUCUGCCAACGAAGAGUGCUAACUUACCUAUUAUGCCUGUAGUGACAUCUGAUAAGCAAUGUACAUCUACUGAUUACACUAAUCCGAUAGUAUCCAAUUUACCAUUAGAAGCCCAUAAGCAAAUACCUAGUCCUAAUGCGAUAGCUCUUAAAAACACUGUCAAGAUUAAAAAGUCUAUGCCACGUAAGAAGAAUGUUUGUACAGAACCUUCUGGUUCUAGACCCAAUAAUAAAAGUAUUACGAUGGCCCUACUCAAUACAAAUAAGACUAUACUUCCCGACACCAUGCUUUACCCAACGCAUCGUAGGGGAGGAUAUAAGGGCAGACCUGGUUCAAAUGUCUCACAAGACGGCCACUUCAAUCAUUAUGUAAGUAGGCCUAAUACUGAACAGAUCACAGUAAACCAACGAGCCUCACGAGAACCCUCAAACGCUUUAAAUGAUAAACCUGUAAGACGUAACCUCUCUCAACACUUUCCCAUUAGGCAAGAUGGAUUACUAGGUUACCCAACAUCAAACUUUUUAAAUAAUAUACCAGUAACACGUAACUUUUCUCAGCACUUUCCGAUUGGGCAAGAUGGAUUACUGGGUUACUCACCAUCAACCCAACCUUCUCUUAACUGUCCGCCUAGUUAAGUUCAACAAAUUAAUCCGCUUUAUCAAAAUAAUGAUAUCUAGUCUUAGUGCUAUAUCUGGACAUUUCUAAGGCCUUUGACAUGGUUAACCACCAACUUCUUAUAGGCAAACUUGCAUCUUAUGGGGUUCAAAAUCCUUUGCUAGAUUGGAUUCAUUCAUUUCUCAGCAAUCGACAUCAAAUAGUUAAAAUUAACUCUUCAUUGUCUAACGCUGUCCCCGUUAGAAGUGGUGUAAUACAAGGUAGUGUCUUAGGCCCUUUGCUCUAUUUAGUGUUUAUCAAUGACCUUUGUGAAAAUUUUUGUGUAGGUAAGCCCCUUCUAUAUGCAGAUGAUCUUAAACUAGUAUAUUCAUUUUCUCCACAUGAGCUGGAAAAUAUGCAAACUUGCAUUAACUUGGAGCUUAACAAGGUAGCACAGUGGUGCUUAAAAUGGCAACUGGAACUUAAUACGGCUAAAUGUGGAUGGAUAUGCUUCGGCGAUACAUCACUUAACCUAGACCUUACCAUAAAUGGAGAAAUGUUAUCUAGGUUACAUACAGUAGUAGACUUCGGACUUAGAUACUCCCAAGACUUAUCGCUUACAGAACAGAUAUCGAAACAGACCUCCAAGUCACAACGACUAUUAGGUUACAUAAUUCGAAACCUUCAUAACAAUGAAUCACGAAUUUUAAUGUACAAAGUUUGUGUUCAAACUAAAUCUUAUUUUUUUCUUCAAACUACUUAAUAAAUUAUCCUUUACAUCCAAUCAUGCAAUUCAAUACGCAGAAACUCCUCAUUAUGAAACCCGUAAUUCCUUGGCACUUGUGAAACAAACUUAUUCUAAAUCAUCUUUUUAUAUGAAUUACUUUGCCUGUAAGUUUUCUAGACUCUGGAAUAACCUACCAGAACAUAUCCGUACGAUAAAAUCACUCCCAUUAUUUGUACGUUGCAUCGAUGCAUAUUGCUCCUCCGAAAAUGCAUUGAAUGCUCUAGCACCCGCAAGUGUAUCUCACUCCACAAGUGUUAUUAUAGGAAGUUUAAAUGUUUAGGCAUUUUUAUUAGUGCAUUCUCUGGAUAAAACCACCAACUUGCUGUCACUUUAUGUUAAUACCGUCCCCAGCUAGUUUAACUAAUUUGAAUAUCAUCCACAGUAUAUCACUGUGUCACAUGACAUACGCAUUUUGAUAGAUCUGAUUGACAUAUUUCGGUAAUUACUGCUUUGUUGUUCCGUGCUCUCUGUUUUCGUUUUAAUUUCUCUAGUUGUAGAUAUUUAUCAUUAAAUCGAUCUGGCACACGAAAUGACCUUAAUUACACCGUUCAUAAAUCAACAGGCUGUCCAGUUAAGAAAUAUUACAUGUUCCCGGCUGACGCAUUGGAUCACUGUAAUACCUAAACAUUUACUGAACUAGUAAACUUAAAACUCAUAUCACAUGUUUGUUCUGUACAUAUAAUGAUAUUAUUUAUAUCAAAUUGAUCAUGCCUGUAAACUGACGUGAAUUCUGUAAUUAUCAUUUUUUCAGAAUAUAAAUUAUUAUUAUUAUUAUUA